AUGUUCAAAAAGGUGAAAAAGGCUUUAAAAUUUAUGAAACCUAAAAAAUAAAAGCCUUAAAGUGAUUAAGAUUUUGAACUGAAGCGUAAGACAACAGUUAUUUAAUAUGAUGAAAUGCUUAAAACUAAAUUCAAUGAGGAAAGUACAAUUGAUACUUCUAAGAACAAAGAGUAUGAGGAAUAUGAAGUUUAAUUAGAAGAUUCAUUAAUUGGGAUAGCUUUAAAAUUUGAUAUGAGUGUAGAGUUAUUAAAAAGGAUGAAUAAUUUGAGCAGCGAAUUUAUUUGUAAAGGAAUGGUCUUAAAGGUCUUUAAAUUAAAUUAAGAGGAUAGUGAAGAAGAAGACUAAGAUGAUGAAGAGGAAGAAGUUGAAUAAAUAUAAUAAGACAUAUGGAAAUAAUAAAUCCAAUAAUACAAUAAUAUUCCAAUGUAUUAUUGUAUGGAUGAUUAAAAUGUUAAAGGUUAAAUAACUGUAAGAGAAGAUAUGAUUCUUUUUGAUACUAAUAAUAUUUAAUAGUAAGCAGGUAAGAGAAUAAUUAAUAAUGCAUGCAUUUCUAUUAAUGAUAUUAAUGAAGCAAUUGUACAUAUCUUACCUAAUGCAAAUGAUUAAAAAGAUUAUUUAAUUUAAAUUUUAUUAAGUGGUAUUGGUAGAGUAGAAUUUGAAAAGAAAUUCAGAAAGAAACUUGAAAAAUUCAAAAAACAAAAAAAGAGUAUUGCAACUAUAUUUUUUAGAGUAAUUUAAUAAUUUAAAAUUUAGUAUUAAGAGAGAUAUGAAUCAGGUAAAUUAAUUCCAGAAGAAGUAAAGAAAGAGAUGUGUAAAACAAUUACUGAUUUUAUUAAUCAUUCUGUUUAAAAUUUAAAGGAAUAAGAUAAUAUUAUUAAUUUAACUAAACUUCCUUAUAUAGAUUUAAUUGAUGAAAGUAAUCGCUAUUAACAAUUAAUCUAAAAAUAGGAAUUAGAUAAUGUAAUUGGAAAGAGAAUGGGAAGUAAUGAAAUAAUUAUAUCAUUAAGGAUUAUGGGCAAGUAUUUCAUAUGUUCCAAAAUAUAAAGCUAAUUCAUAAUGUUUAAAUGAAAGUCUUUAUAAAUAAUUAAUUGAAUUAAUACCUGCAAUUUAUAGAUUAUCUAAUUGGAAUAUCAAAUUUACUAUAGAUAAUGAUGGUUCUAGUUAUUAAUAAUUAUUGCUCUCAUUAUAAUAUUAAAAUCCAUUCUUUUUCACAAUCAAAGAUAAAGAUGGAAAUGUUUUUGGAGCAUAUGUUUCAUCUGAAUUAAAAAAUUCAAAACCAGGAUUUCAUGGAACUGGAGAAACAUUUUUAUUUUAAGUAAUAAUAAUUAAAUUAUAUUAAAGUAAGAUUAAUUGUAGAUGAUUCCAUAUUAUUGGAAAGAAACAAAUAAUGAUUUUGUUUAUUGUGAUUCAGAUGGAUUUAGUAUUGGUUGUGGUCCUUCAUUUGGUAUAUUUGUUGAUUCAAAAUUAUACUUUGGAUAUAAUAAUCCAUGUACAACUUUUGAAAAUCCUAGAUUUACCUAAAAUGAAAAAUUUUUUAUUUAACAUUUUGAAGUUUGGGUUAUUGAAUAAUUAUGA